GUGCGCUGGGCCGGCUGAGCCGGUAGUUCCCCACCACGCCACCCAUGGACUUCCCCCGCAUGUCCCGGCAAGCCCGGUAGUCGUAAACUUUUUUUUUUUUUUUAGACAAUGAGCCUGCAAUUGAAAACACUGCUGAAUACCCAAGGUAUGUAGUAGGUAAGGUAGGUUAUCCUAUUUCUAUCUAGUUUACGACCUGUGUGACAAAACCUCGGGUUUGGUAAAGCUAUCCCUUUUUUUCAUCUCUUCUAGUCGAGAUAGACUAUCAACCAUCCCAGGUUAAGCUUGGCGCUGUUGAAACCUGCCUAGGUACCUAUCUACCUUAGGUACCCUGUCUGAUAGUGUACACUUCGCUCCACCUUGCGCCAAAGAAAGAGAGAAAAAAACACCGCAAUCAUGGCGGCAGCCUCUGUUCAUAAUGACCUAAAGCGGAUCAACCUUGUCAACAUCGCCCACGUCACCUACAAAUACAAGGAUGUUGCCAAGGCCCGUCAAUUCAUGGAGGACUUUGGCUUCUACGAGACCAAGCGUUUGGGCGAAAAGACCUACUACCGUGGCUAUGGCUCCGAGCCCUUCGUCUUGUGCGUCGAUCAGGCCGACCAAGAUGAGUUUGGCGGCGCCGCCUUUGCCGUCGAGUCCGAGGAGGACUUGAUGCAUGCCUCCAAGACGCUUCCCAAGGAGUGCAAGCCCUCUGAAAUCUAUGACCUAACGGACGCUCCCGGCGGCGGCAAGGCUGUGACCUUUUAUGAUCCUGUCGACGGCUUUCCGUUCCACCUGGUCCACGGCCAGGAAAAGGUAGAUGUCAGGGACCCUGAGUUCCCGGACCUCAAGGUCAACUACCCUCUAGAGAAGACGCGUCCCGUCAACCGUUUCCAACGAUUCCAGAAGAGGCCGGCACCGGUGCACAAGCUGGGUCAUUUCGGCAUGUGCGUGACCAACUUUGCCAAGUGUUAUGAGUUUUACUCGACCCGGUUCAACUUUUUCCCGAGCGAGCUGGCCUAUAAUCAGAAAGAAGAGGACGUUUCCGUCUUCUUUCGCCUGAACAGGGGGUCUCAAAAGGUCGACCACCACUGCUUCUUCUUCUUCGAGGGGCCCAAGAUGCACGUCCAUCACUCUUCUUUCGAGACGCACGACUUUGACACCCAGGUCCUGGGUCACGAUUGGCUGCGCGAGAAGGGCUACGAGAACUGCUGGGGUGUCGGUAGGCACAUCAUGGGCAGCCAGAUCUUUGACUAUUGGUUCGACCCUGCUCGCUUCAUUAUGGAGCACUACGUGGAUGGCGAUCUGCUCGACAUGUCGGAGCCGACACAUCGCACGGCGGCAUCUGCGGAUAGUUUGGCUGUCUGGGGCCCUAAUGUCCCGGAGACUUUCCUGACCUGAAUGGGGCGAAAAACGUAACACAAGGCUGUAUGCGUCAAGUAUUAUAGCGAGACGAGAUUUGUAAAGCUAGCCCGAAGGUUCAUCCACCUGGUCUCAUCAACUGUCAAUAUCUGCGUAGUAGCAAAGUCGAAAGAAAGCGUAUUGGUUUACUGGUUGACUAAAGAGUCUACCUGCAGUGGAAUUAUACUGUUCUGGUGCAGUUUAAAUGCUAAUCAAGUAGCGGAGCUCGCUACUCCCAUC